AUGUUCAGAACAAGCGGAAAUGUUUGCUUAGAGAUAAGCAACUUUAGACCAUGCGAGAUCCCACAGCACUGCCUGCAAUUGCCAACGUUCAGAACAAACGACUUGCCUGAAACGUCUAACAGUUGUUAUCUCGCAAGCGUCAUCAUCAGUGGACCCCGUCGCCGACGAGCAAUUCAGCUAGCGCACCGAGUGCUUGCUCGACUUGCGGACAGAUCACCGUCCCCUCCGCUUCACACUCAGCGACAGCGCAAAGAUCCGGGCGACAUCCGUGCGAGGAGCUCGUCCAUUCGCAUCAGCCAGGCACGGGGAGAGGAGGCGGAGGACGAGCAGCCUGCAGGCCUUUCAGGUCUCACGAUGCUGCCGCAGAUGGUAGCCGGCAAGGGAGGCUACUCGUGGAAGGCGGCGAAGGCGAGGAUACCGCCGUACAGGCAGAUCACACAUGGCGUCCGCAGCCCGCGAUUUCUGGUGCCGCUGGCGAUUGUCACGGCCAUCGUGCUGCUAUGGCGGUCCAUGGGCAGCGCUGCGAGCGAGGUGCAGAGAUUUUACUGCUUCGGCCCUUCAAAACCGCCCAUGCGAAUGACACCCAACGAGAACGAAGAAUGGUACGGCCACCUCACCACGCCCGUCGUUUUCAACCACCGCAAGCCGAUCGAGAUCAACAGCACCGAGAUCCAGCAUAUUAACCUCGACCUCGUCAAGUCUACGGUAGACGCCGUCCGGAACAAGGAGAAGAUCCUUCUUCUGACACCACUGCGCGAUGCGUCCUACUAUCUUGCCAAGUACUUCGACCUCCUCACACAGCUCACGUAUCCGCACGAGCUGAUCGACCUGGCCUUUCUCGUCGGCGACACCACGGAUGAUACUAUGGCAGCGCUGGCAAUGGAGCUUGAGCGCGUGCAGAACAACCCAGAGAUUGCCUUCAGGUCGACGAUGAUAGUGGAGAAAAGCUUUGGCGUGGCAGGCUAUGGGCAGAGCGUAGAAGAGCGACACGGCUUCGCUGCGCAAGGGCCGAGAAGGAAGGCUAUGGGCAAGGCGAGGAACUAUCUACUUGCUACAGCACUGAAGCCUGAUCACAGCUGGGUGUAUUGGAGGGAUGUCGAUAUUGUUGAGAAUCCGCCGAAUAUCAUCGAGGAUUUCGUCCAGCAUGACAGGGAUAUCCUCGUUCCCAACGUCUGGUUCCAUCGAUAUAAGGAGAAGCAGGGCAAGAUGGUCGACAUUGAAGGCCGCUUCGACUACAAUUCCUGGCAAGAAUCUCCAGACGCCCUGAAACUCGCCGCCACUCUCGACAAGGACGUCGUGCUCGCCGAAGGCUACAAAGAAUACAAAACAAACCGUAUCUACAUGGCCAAGAUGGGCGACCGGCACGCCAACCCGCACGAGGAAAUCCAACUCGACGGCAUCGGCGGCGUCAACAUCGUCGUCAAAGCGGACGUCCACCGUUCUGGCGUUAAUUUCCCCGCAUACGCGUUCGAGAACCAGGCCGAGACAGAAGGGUUUGCAAAGAUGGCGAAGAGAGCUGGCUAUGGCGUUUAUGGUCUGCCGAACUAUGUUGUUUGGCAUAUCGAUACGGACGAGAAGCCUGGUAACGCGUAAGCAGACCGGCGGUGUCAAAAGAUGAAAAGCGACUGGCUGCUAUGCGUAAUAUCGGAGGGAAUGCUGAAGAGGGUGUAAGACGCAUAUGACGGAGUUCUGGUUCAUUGCAGUUCAUAUAUAGGGCAUGCAUGUUGCGCACAAGCCAUAG